CCCGGGCGCCUGCAAGCAACACCCUUGGACAGCAUGCUAGGGGUCUUCCUUCUGAGUGUGUUGGCCCCGGCGGGCCUGGGGCUUCCCACACCAGCAGAGCCUCUGCUCAGUAGCAGUCAGUGCGUCGAGCACGAUUGUUUCGCGAUUUUCCCGGGCCCCGUGACCUUCUUUGCUGCCAAACAGGCCUGCGAACGCCUGCGAGGACAUCUGAUGACCGUGCGCUCCUCGGUGGCUGCCGAUGUCAUCUCCCUGCUACUGAGUGACGAUGAGAGCGUCGGCCCGCGUAUUUGGAUCGGUUUGGUGCUCCAUCAGGGCUGCGUCGACCCGGAGCAACUCGGGCCCCUACGCGGCUUCCAGUGGGUUACAGGAGACAAUCGCACCAGCUAUAGCAGGUGGGCGCAGCUUGACCGUGUUGGGGCGCCCCUCUGCGGCCAGCUGUGCGUCACUGUCACGGCAGUGGCAGCCUCAGCGCCUGGAGAACCGGUCUGGGAGGAGCAACAGUGCAACCAGGAGGCCGACGGCUUCCUCUGUGAGUUCCCCUUUGCAGCGUCCUGCAGACCCGUGGCAGUGGACCCCAGCGCCGCUGUUGCUGUUCAUGUCCCAAUCACCUACAGCACCCCGUUUGGGGCCCACGGCAGGGACUUUCAGGCACUGCCAGUGGGCACCUCCGCUGUGGUGGAGAAACUAGGCUUGGAGCUGAUGUGCAUGGUGCCUCCUGGAGCUGUAGAGGGGCGCUGGGGUCGGGAGGCGCCCGGUGCCUGGGACUGCAACGUGGAGAAUGGAGGCUGUGAGCACGCGUGCAACCAGAGCGCUGUGACGCCCAGCUGCCUCUGCCCAGGUGACGCCGUUCUGCAGGCAGACGAGCGUUCCUGCGCAGCACCCACAGUGCAGUCGUGCAACCAUCUAUGUGAGCACUUCUGCGUUAAUAACUCCGAAGUGCCGGGCUCCUAUAUGUGUAUGUGCGAGACUGGCUACCAACUGGCCGCGGACCAGCACCGGUGCGAGGACGUGGACGAUUGUAAGAUGGUCCCAAAUCUGUGCCCGCAACAGUGUGUCAACACGAAGGGUGGCUUUGAGUGCCAAUGCUAUCCUGGCUAUGAAAUGGUAGACAGCGAAUGCGUGGAGCUCCUGGACCCGUGUUUCGCCGCGAACUGCGAGUACCAGUGUCAGCCGGUGAGUCAAACAGAGUACCGUUGCAUUUGUGCUGAGGGCUUUGCACCCAACCCCCAAGAUCCGCACAGGUGCCAGAUGUUCUGCAAUGAAACUGCAUGCCCCGCAGACUGUGACCCCAACACCCCAGACAGUUGCCAGUGCCCAGAAGGCUACAUCCUGGACGACGGUUUUAUGUGCACUGACAUAGAUGAGUGCGACAAUGAAUACUGUCCUUAUGAAUGCCGCAACCUCCCGGGCAGCUAUGAGUGCAUCUGUGGGCCCAACUCCGAUCUUGCCGUCUCGGUUGGCACAGACUGUGACGCUACCAGGGUGCCCAACAUUGACGACAAGGAAGAUGGCUCUGGAGAGCUCCCAAUCAGCCCGACGCCGGACUCCACCUCAAGUUCUCCAACCGCGGGGCCUGUGCAUUCGGGCGUGCUCAUUGGCAUAUCCAUUGCAAGCCUGUCUCUGGUGGUGGCGCUUUUGGCACUCCUAUGCCACCUGCGCAAAAAGCAGGGUGCUGCGCCAGCAGAACUGGAGUAUAAGUGUGGCUCACCUGCCAAGGAGGUGGUGCUGCAGCACGUGAGAACUGAUCGGACACUGCAGAAACUCUGAGGGCCCUCCCUCCAGGGAUCUGGGUGUUAGCGUGCCUAUUUCUCCUUCCUGUGCCUUUCUCCUUGGCUACCCAGAAGCACCCUAGCUUGCUUGACACCUGGAGAAGAUCCUCCCCCAUCCUCCCAUACUGUAGUUGGGCAGGAAAGGAUUGGAAGAAGGGGAGCCCCAGUCUCUUGGACAGCAUGCUAGGGGUAAAACUGGGAAAACUGGGCAGAGAUGGCAAAUUUACAUCAAGACACAGACUGCAAAGUGUCCCAGGACCUUACCAUGGGGGACAGGAAGGGUGAGCCUUACUGGUUUGUAGCCUUGGGGGCUGACUUGUGAGAUAGUGACGACCAGUGUAUUUAUUAUUAUUUUAAAAUAUUUAGACUUUCCCCCAUUCCUUUGCUCCCCCCCAACCUGUAUUUCUCCAAUACAAACUUUAUGUGUAUGUGACUUUCCCACUUACUUUUUCUCCUCCUUUCUUUUUUUUCCCCCUCUCUCUCUUCCUCCCUACCUCUCUCUGGCCUUAUUUCUUUGCUAUUAGCUGUUCAUCGAGGCAGACAUUCUACAUGAAACAGAAACAAAGACACUAAAGCCCAAAACGGUGCAGUAUUUUCUUUUUCAUCAGCUUUGAUAAUUAUCCCAGAAUUUUAGGCUUCCAGAGCACAAUAAUUUUAACAAAGGUUAAAAAGUGAGAGGCGAUAAUCACAUUAAUAUCAUGGGACUAUCAUAGAAAUUCAACCCAAGGAGUUUUUAUCUUCAUUUUUAAAAAGUGAGCCUGAGUUUCAUUGUUGUUGUUGAUUUGACUUGGACUGAAAAAUAGUAAUUGUGUUUAAAAUAAUUAGGCAUUUUCUUCAGAAUUGUAGUUCUUAUCAUCAUAAUUGUCAUUAAUUUUUGACAGUGUGGAAAAAAUUCAGAUGCUUGCCUUAAAUUGAGAGAAAUACCUCCCAAGGGAUAGUUUAAGAAGACUCAUGCUUGAUGCUAAUUUGACUCUCAAUUUCUCUUGAUACUUGUAGUAAAAAAUAAAAGCAGCUGUACUGGUUUUAGGGAGAUUGGGUGCUUGGAAAUGGAGCCUGAGUGAUGCCUUUUUAGUCAAUUUUGUGUUCUUGUGACCAAGACACCUGAUAAGAACAAAUUAGAGGAGGGAAAUUUUAUUUGGGGCUCUGUAUUUGGAGGUCUAAGUUCAUAGAUGGCUGACUUCAUUGCUCUGGGCUCAAGAUGAGGUAGAACAUCAUGGUGGGGGAAAGUCCUGUGGAGGAAAGCAGCUCAGCUUCUGGAGGGGUCAGGAAGCAGAGAGAAAAAUGGAAGGGGCCACAGAAAGACACAUCAUUCCAGGGUAUACUCCUAGUCACCCAUCUCCUUCAGCCAGGACUCAACUGCCUCCAGUUACCACCCAGUCCUUUCAAACUAGUGCGGACUGAUUAGAGUAAAACUCUCACAAUCCAAUCAUUUCACCUAUGAACGCUGCAUUGUGAAGACACCUCAUAUCCAAACCAUAACAAUGUCCAGGUAGGGUCUCGCCUUAUGAGGCACUUGGAGAAUAUCUCCCAUUUCAGAGGGACCUCCUAACCCUAGCCAUUGGAAUAUGGUCUUGGGACAAGAAUUGGGCCUCCUGUGGAAGCUCCUUAGAUAGUGACAGUUCUAGGCUCCACCCCACCUAGUUCAUGAGAAAUGCAUUUUAACAAAAUCUGCAAGGGGUUAUCAGUCACUUGAGGAAAAUAGUUCUAGAAAAUUAAAUAUGGGUCAGUAAUAAGUAGCAGGCCAAGUCAGGCCCUUUAUUUUUAAGAAACUGAGGAAUUUUCAUUGUAUAGCUUUGCUUUCUGGUAGAAAAGACUAGGUACACACCUCUAGACAUUGCCACACAGGGUCAAGAAGGUCUUUGGUUGAACUAAGCUAGGCAUGGAAUCAUGCUUCGAUGGUUGGGGACAAAAAUGUAUCAUGUGUGAGUGUAUCAUAUGUAAGGCAAAGGUUUUUCUCUACUGUUUUGUGAACUCAGCACAUUUGUACAUAGUUAUUUAUUUAUUGGAGUUAAACUAGAACACAGGCAAAACCCUUGCUUAUGAUCAUACUUGUACAAAAUAAACAAAUUAAAGAAAUUACAGUGUA